GCUGCAAUAGUUUGCUUGACUCAGCUGAGUAUCUGGAAGGUCUGGUUUAUCAGGAAUACCACUAGUGUGAUUUUCAUCGUGCUGUCAAAUGCAUGGGGGAAAUUGUAUUUUUAUUGGAAUUAAUAUAGUGCUCUUCAGACAACUGUUCUCAUCCCUUCCCCCUCUCCUUUUGGGACUGAGGAAAACCUCUAGAGGGUAUUCAGAGAGUGACGGUGUAAUCAAUCACAGGUGUUGCUACAGCUGAAGAGGUAGAAAGACUGGCUGCAAUGCGUUCAGAUUCUCUAGUACCUGGGACUCACACGCCUCCAAUCAGAAGAAGGAGCAAAUUUGCCACUCUUGGGAGACUUUUUAAGCCAUGGAAAUGGAGGAAGAAGAAGAGUGAAAAAUUUAAACACACUUCAGCAGAUGGGGAACUUUCCAUACCAAAUGAAGAUGCAGCUUUGGAGAAUGGGCAGCCUCUGGGCUCCGGACUGAGCUCUAGCCAGGUGUCCCUGCCAGCUCUAGCAGAACUGGAGUCAGUCCCAGCAUCUGUGGAACCCUGCUCAUAUGAGGUGCUCCCAACCACAGAGAUCAUGGAUGGGACAGUGUCUGAAGAGAGCCCCACAUCCAAUGAAUCCGGCGUCCUCCUGUCCCAAGAUCCUACAGCUAAGCCAGUCCUGCUACUUCCCCCCAAAAAAUCUGCUGCUUUCCCUGGAGACCAUGAGGACACCCCAGUGAAACAGUUGUCCCUCCUCAAACAGCCCCCUGCCCUGCCUCCUAAACCUAUUGCCAGGAUUGCCAGCCACUUAACUGAUCCUGGUGCUCCUGUGAAACUGCCUUGUAUGCCAGUUAAACUGUCACCUCCACUACCUCCAAAGAAAGUCAUGAUUUGCAUGCCUUUAGGGGGGCCAGACCUCUCUCUCUCAUCCUAUUCCACGCAGAAGAGCUCCCAGCAGCCUUUGACCCAGCAGCAUCACACUGUCCUGCCAUCCCAGUUAGCAGCUCACCAGCACCAGCUCCAGUACGGCAGCCACAGCCAGCACCUUCCUUCUGGGUCCAGCACGUUGCCCAUUCACCCUUCAGGGUGCCGGAUGAUCGAGGAACUGAACAAAACACUAGCCAUGACCAUGCACAGGCUAGAAAGCUCUGGUUUACACACAAGUGACAGUGUUACAAAAACAGGACCUGGGGGCCUUCCAGACAUGAGACAAGUGCCAACUGUUGUGAUCGAAUGCGAUGACAAUAAAGAAAAUGUGCCUCAUGAAACUGACUAUGAAGAUUCUUCCUGCCUCUAUCCAAGGCAGGAAGAGGAAGAAGAGGAAGAUGAAGAGGAGGAUAACUCAUUAUUUACAAGCCCCCUGGCAAGGAAACUCUGCAGGAAGGACUCUUUAGCAAUCAAACUAAGCAACAGGCCUUCCAAGCGAGAGCUGGAAGAAAAGAACAUCCUCCCCAUGCAGACAGAUGAAGAGAGGCUUGAACUUAGGCAGCAGAUUGGGACAAAGCUAACAAGACGACUGAGCCAGAGGCCGACCGCUGAGGAGUUGGAGCAGAGGAACAUACUGAAACCCCGGAAUGAGCAAGAGGAGCAGGAGGAAAAACGAGAGAUUAAGAGAAGAUUAACACGUAAGCUGAGUCAAAGGCCUACAGUAGAAGAGCUACGUGAGAGGAAGAUCCUCAUCCGCUUCAGUGACUAUGUGGAAGUGGCAGACGCGCAGGACUACGACAGGAGGGCGGACAAACCCUGGACACGACUUACAGCCGCCGACAAAGCAGCCAUUCGAAAAGAGCUUAAUGAAUUUAAAAGCUCUGAAAUGGAAGUUCAUGAAUUAAGUAGGCAUCUAACAAGGUUUCAUAGACCGUAGCAGAUCAAUUCUACCUGACUACUAUGCCAUCUUCAAAACAUAACUAAAAGGAACCAUAAGUGCUGGUAUUAUUCACUUCCCUGUUACGUACAAUGUAAAUCUUCCGAACUGCCUUUUUAAAAAAAAAAAAAAAAAAAAAAAGAGUAGAAAAAUAAAUAUUAAAAAAAAGGAGAAUUGUAUUUACAUGUGAUGAGUACUGCAACAUCAUCAGACCUGCUGGUUCAAGCUUCAGUAACAGAAAAUACCCCUGGUGGGAAAUCGUGCCAAGACUUGGCAUCUAUGUAUAGGACUUUCCCGGCAUGUGGAUUUGCCAUAUGUGUUCAAGCCCAGCUGGUGGUGCAACCAUUGUUGGCUUCAGGCACCCCUCAUCCUGACAAGCCUCUGUCAUCAACCCUAGAGAGCCCUGAGAUGGUGUUCAGGGAAUCACUUGGCCUGGGUGAAGUCUCCAAAAGAUGAGCCCCUAUGGCACUAAAGCACUUACCCCAAACACUCCUUUCAAGUUGAGAGCACCUUAUGAGGACAGUGAAGGAGCAGAACUCUCCACGGGCCAGCCCAUCUGUGAAUAUCAUCUGACUAGAAAGACAUUUCUUCCCCUGGAGAAGUUUACAGCCAGUCAGUAGACAUUGUUCAGCUUCCAAGCAGAAAAAGGUACCACCGCUGAAGAACAGGACUCCCUACUGAAGGCUGCUUCAACUCUAGCAACUGUUUGUUUCCCAUCUCUUUCAAGCAUAAUUUUUUAAACCCGGUUGUGAGCCCAUUAGCAGUAAAUGACAAGAAUGCUGAGGACCAGCAAGCAAAAGCCCAUCUCUUCAUGGUCACUGCAUGCCAUCUGCUCCACUUGUAGUUUGUCUUACACCCAAACCUCGUGACUCUGUGAGAGCCAUUGUGCCCCCGGCAGCAGGAAAGGCUGGGAUUCCCCUCCAGCUCUGCAGAGGGACACGCAACAGGAGGGGCUGGAGGUUCCAUGAAGGAUAUCUAAUGUCUCUGUAUCAGGUGUCUCAAGAACUGAUCCUAAACUCACACUGUGCAAAGCAUGACGAAGUGUGUUACCUGGCCUAACAAAAGGAGUCUGGGGCAUUCUUACGGAUGGUGGGACUUGUCACUGGUACCCACGGCUGAGGCAUGAGGACAGCAAUUCAGAGGUGUUCUGAAUUUAUUUGUUCUAAUUUUGUUUUUAAUUUAUUUUUAUGAUAGUGGUUUAACACACAAACUGACCAAGCAGAGCUCAGAGAGCUGGUCACUCUGGGCCUGGUUUACCUGCCAACUUAAGCGUGUGCUCUACAGUAAGGAAGCACACGCAGCCUCACCGCUUUCAAGAAUAUGUCUGACAGGCUUAAUUGAACAUGAACACAAUUAAGUGCUUUUCUGAACUUAGGCCAUCACCUUCCAGAAUUAAGUCCUUAACUACUAUAAUGCCAGCAAGCUGGGGCAGACAUUGUCAGGAUUCCUUUCAAGCUCUUACAAGACACUAUUAUGCCAUGUUGUGGGACAGUGUCUGAAAGCACUGUAGCAACAGUACUGUAAGAAGUUCCAGAUUAUUAUUUCAGGACACCCUUUCUUCCACAAUAGCUAUUUUCCUUUGACAGUUUGAACAGAGAGGCCAAAGUUUUUUACUACAGAAUAAUUAUUUCUGUUAUUCUUUUACUGAUUUUUUCCUUUCUCACUGUCUUCCAUGUAUCUAUCCUCUCUUCUGUGCUCCCUCUCCAGCUCCCCCUGUUCCAUGCUAACAUCGCCAUUCACUGAUUGCAGGCUGAGCAGCCUCUCACACUUGAGCACUUAAUGGCCAGUGCAGUGUAGUGCCAACACUCCUGCCUCUUCUCAGGCCUCACCUCACUCCUCUGGAUGCAGGAGUACGGCCAAAGGACGUGCAGGUAGCCCAUGGAGUGGCUCUAGCACCCAGCCUGCCCCAACAACCCUGGCAGCGAGGGUAACACCUUCCAUCUACGCUUGGUGCUGGCACUCGUUGCCUCGCAGAUUGUCUCUCCAUCAGAGAUAAGCAAAAGCUUUUCAUUCUCAUCCAUGGCCAUCCUUGCAAUGCUGUGGAUUAUUGGCUAUUAAAUUAGGAUUGGCUGCUGUAGGAUGGAACACCAAAGGAAAGUAAUAAACAGGAGGUUUCUGGUGCUUCCCAGACUGGGUGAUGAUUUCUGAGGA